ACUAAUAAGGGCAGAGAUGCGUCCCCUUCCCACUCGCCGGGCGCUCGCGGGCCACUCGUCGGCGGCGCCGCAGCCCUGCCGGGACCCCCGCGCUGCGAGCGGCUCGGCCCACGCCGGAGGUCUGUGGCCGCUCGUUCACAUGGUCUCGAGGUACCAUGAGGCACUCUGGCUGUUUGAAGCUCUGGCUCUGGGUGGCAGUGCUCCUGCUCCCGGCUUCCGCUGCCGUGACGGUCAGGGACAAGCAAGAAAAACAAUGCCCUAUACUGAGAACAGAGGGACGUCAGUUUACACAAGACAACAGAGAUGAACUUGAAGUUUCAGGCUUUGAUGUGGGAGAGAGCUUUUCCCUGAGGCGUGUGUUUUGUGAAGGGGAUCACACUUGUUUCAAAUUGGGAAAUUCACUUCUUAUUAGAGAUACCAUUAAGAUCUUUCCCAAAGGCCUUCCUGAGGAGUACGCCAUAGCAGCCACGUUUCGUGUACGAAGAAGCACCAAGAAGGAACGGUGGUUUCUGUGGCAGAUUCUAGACCAGGAGAAUAUGCCACAGGUUUCUGUAGUAGUUGAUGGUGGAAAGAAGGUGGUGGAAUUUAUGUUCCGAGCUGCUGAGGGAGAUGUGUUGAACUACAUUUUUAAAAAUCGAGAACUCCGUCUCUUGUUUGAUCGUCAGUGGCAUAAGCUUGGCAUCGGAGUGCAGUCCAGGGGCGUUUCACUCUAUAUGGAUUGUACUUUAAUUGCAAGCCGGCAAACCGAUGAAAAGGACGCUGUGGAUUUCCGUGGGAGGACUGUUAUCGCUGCUCGUGCCUCAGACGGCAAGCCUGUGGACAUUGAACUUCACCAACUGAAAAUCUACUGUAGCUCAGACUUCAUAGCUCAGGAAGCGUGUUGCAGAAUACCGGGGACGAAGUGUCCAGAGCAGGAUGGCUUUGAAAGUACCACAUCGUCAUCGGUACCUGCUCAUGCCGGUAAAAUGUCUGUAUAUCUGCCAGCAAAACAGGGACUUAAAGCCCAGUGCCAGUGCAUUCCACACAAGGGAGAAGCAGGAUUCCCGGGAGCUCCAGGUUCACCUGGUCAGAAAGGGGAUAAAGGAGAACUGGGUGCAGCUGGUAUUAAAGGUGAAUUUGGUGCUCCCGGAGUUCCUGGAGUAAAGGGUGAAAAUGGUUUACAUGGAGCUCCAGGCUUACCUGGUCAAAAGGGAGAGCAAGGUUUAGAAGGCAGCAAAGGAGCAAUCGGUGAAAAGGGUGAACAAGGAGAAAAAGGAGAUCCAGGGUUGGCUGGCAUUAAUGGACAAGACGGUUUGAAAGGUGACUUGGGUCCUCGUGGUCCACCCGGCCCAAAAGGAGAAAAGGGAGAUACGGGACCCCGAGGACCACCAGCCUUAACUGAUUCCCUGGGGAUCCAAGGCCCCCGAGGUCCACCUGGAAAAGAGGGUCAGAGGGGAAGACGAGGAAAACCAGGUCCUCCAGGAAAACCAGGGCCCCCAGGACCACCUGGACCUCCUGGAAUGCAAGGAGUACAGCAGACUCUGGGUGGAUUUUAUAACAAGGGAGACUUUGGUGAACAUGGAGCUGGUGGCCCAAAAGGAGAGAAGGGUGAAACUGGACAACCAGGAUUUCCGGGGUCCAUUGGCCCUAAAGGUCAAAAGGGAGAAUCUGGGGAACCUUUCCUCAAAGGUGAAAAGGGAGACAGAGGAGAACCUGGGAUAGUAGGAUCACAGGGAAUAAAGGGUGAACCUGGAGAUCCUGGUCCCCCCGGUUUAUCAGGAAGCCCAGGACUAAAGGGUCAGCAAGGACCUGCAGGUUCUAUGGGACCCAGAGGACCACCAGGAGACAUUGGAUUGCCAGGAAACCACGGUAUCCCGGGAAAACAAGGCAUCAAAGGAGAAAAGGGAGAUCCAGGUGGGAUUGUGGGCCCUCCCGGGCUUCCAGGUCCGAAAGGUGAGGCUGGUCCUCCAGGGAACAGCCUGCCGGGCGAACCAGGAUUAGACGGAAAUCCUGGAGCGCCUGGUCCACGUGGGCCAAAGGGCGAGAGAGGCCUGCCCGGUGUCCAUGGGUCCCCAGGUGAGGCUGGCCCUCCAGGGGUAGGAAUUCCUGGCCGAACGGGCUCCCAAGGACCAGCUGGAGAGCCAGGGAUUCAGGGUCCUCGAGGUCUCCCUGGGUUGCCAGGAGCUCCAGGGACCCCCGGGAAUGAUGGAGCUCCAGGGAGGGAUGGAAAGCCAGGCCUGCCAGGCCCCCCAGGUGACCCGAUCGCGCUGCCCCUCUUGGGAGACAUCGGCGCUUUGCUUAAGAACUUCUGUGGCAACUGCCACACCAGCGUCCCUGGGCUGAAAAGCAACAAAGGAGAAGAAGGAGACGCUGGAGAGCCUGGGAAGUACGACUCCGUGGCCCGGAAGGCGGACGCAGGGCCCCGUGGUCCUCCAGGAAUCCCAGGCAGAGAAGGACCAAAGGGCAGCAAAGGAGAGCGGGGCUACCCUGGGAUGCCUGGGGAGAAAGGCGACGAGGGUCUUCAAGGAAUUCCAGGCAUUGCAGGUGCUCCAGGUCCAACUGGACCCCCUGGCUUGUUGGGAAGAACUGGACAUCCUGGUCCUGUGGGAGCAAAGGGUGACAAGGGCAGCGAGGGACCCCCUGGGAGACCUGGACCACCCGGACCACCCGGUGUACCAUUCAGUGAAGGAAAUGGAAUGAGCAAUUUAUAUAAAAUCCAGGGAGGUGUGACUGUUCCCAGUUAUCCAGGGCCACCCGGCCCCGCUGGUCCAAAAGGCGAUCCUGGCCCGGCGGGAGAACCUGGUGCAAUGGGGUUGCCAGGACUAGAGGGAUUUCCAGGUAUAAAGGGAGACCGAGGCCCAGCAGGGCCCCCAGGAAUAGCCGGGAUAUCGGGAAAGCCUGGAGCCCCCGGGCCCCCAGGAGCUCCAGGGGAACCGGGUGAGAGAGGACCUGUUGGAGAUAUAGGUUUCCCUGGACCAGAAGGACCCUCAGGAAAGCCAGGAAUAAAUGGAAAAGAUGGAUUACCAGGUGCCCAGGGCAUCAUGGGUAAGCCUGGAGACAGAGGCCCCAAAGGAGAACGUGGUGAUCAGGGAAUCCCAGGAGACAGAGGCCCACAAGGCGAACGGGGAAAACCAGGCCUUCCAGGCAUGAAGGGGGCCAUAGGGCCUGUGGGGCCACCAGGAAGCAAAGGCUCCACAGGAUCCCCCGGGCACCAAGGCCCUCCCGGCGAUCCAGGUGUCCCCGGCUCUCUGGCUGAUGCAGUUUCAUUUGAAGAAAUAAAGAAGUAUAUUAAUCAAGAGGUUCUAAGGAUUUUUGAAGAGAGGAUGGCUGUGUUCCUGUCCCAGCUCAAGCUACCCGCAGCAAUGUUGGCCGCUCAGGCUCAUGGGAGACCUGGGCCACCAGGAAAGGAUGGGUUACCUGGGCCACCAGGAGACCCCGGACCCCAAGGCUACCGAGGACAGAAGGGAGAAAGAGGGGAACCUGGCAUUGGGCUUCCAGGGAGCCCGGGCCUUCCUGGGACCUCAGCUCCGGGUUUGCCAGGCUCACCAGGGGCCCCAGGGCCUCAGGGCCCCCCAGGACCUAGUGGACGAUGUAACCCAGAAGAUUGCCUCUAUCCCGUGUCUCAUGCCCGUCAGCGGACAGGUGGGAAAUAACACACCUGAGGAAGACGAUUCCUGUCAUAUCUUCUGACCACUGGAGCUGGAGCUGUCUUAAUACUGUCAGCCCCUCAUGAUGUGAGGGCGUUGAUUUUUGGUUUUUGGGUUUUUUUCUGGUGUAGGCCAGACAUUAAAAGCAAUUGAAAUCCUAAUCCUAUAGUAAUGGCAAUAUGAGCAUUUUUAGA